AUAUUUUUUAUGAUUUAUGAUUAAUCGUGGGGAUAUCGUACGGACGAACAAUUCGGGAGGAAGAGGAAGAGGAAGAAAUCGCCGUUGGAUCUGGUUUUGGUGGCCAUCCACGAACUCAUUUUGCUUGUUAAAUAAGGAAUUGUGUACCGAUGAUUUGCCUUAAAUUUCGAAUCUGAACAAGUUGGGUUUCGUGUUCUGGUGAAAUUUAUUCUAUCGCUAUUCGUUUUCCUCGUUCGAACGGUUUCUGGGGUUUUUCUGACGACUGCGAUUCAAAAUCAUGAGGAAGAAGCUCGAUACUCGUUUUCCUGCCGCUCGUAUAAAGAAAAUAAUGCAAGCUGACGAGGAUGUUGGCAAGAUUGCUUUGGCGGUGCCUGUCUUAGUUUCAAAAGCUUUGGAAUUAUUCUUACAAGACCUUUGUGAUCAUACUUAUGAAAUUACUCUUCAAAGAGGAGCCAAGACCGUUAGCUCAUUACACCUAAAAAAUUGUGUCGAAAGAUACAAUGUGUUUGAUUUUCUGAGGGAAGUUGUCAGCAAGGUUCCUGACUAUGGGCAUGGUCAUGGUCACGGUCACGGUCAAGCCAAUGCUGAUGUAACCAUGGAGGACCGCAGUAUCUCUAAGAGAAGGAAGCCUACCGGUGAUGAAGUUAAUGACAGCGAUGAGGAAUUGAAGAAAACUAAAGUGCAAGAGAUGGGGCAUGCGGGACCCAGUGGAAGGGGUAGAGGCAGAGGGCGUGGAAAGGGACGCGGACGAAGUGCAAAAACAGCGGAAAGGGAGCUUCUUAAUCGCGAGAUGGAAAUAGAACCAACCAUAUUGGUAGCAUCACCACUACUUACCCUAGACGAAAUCAAGAUACCUGCACCACCACAACAACUGACUCUGCAAGACAGUGAGAAGAAGGAUGUGGAUGAAAGGUCUAACCACACAAAGCAAGAGCUGCAAAGUCCCAAAAAAGAAGGUAACGACACAAACUCAGGGUUGGGUCGGGGUUUUGAUCUGAACACACACUCACUCGACAUCGAGUUGAAGCCGCCAUUAAUCACAGCCUCAAUAGAAUUGAAACCUGCAGAGGAAUAUCAGUGUUGGUCUACCCCAAAUAUGGCCAAUGUUGAUCUAAUGCAGCUUGCUAAUAUGAGUAAGAGGUUAGACGAAGACGAAGAAGAUUAUGACGAGGAGGAAAGUUGAUACUGAGACCACAGGCUCGUUAGCGGUAUCGAGGUUGGGUUUAGUAGGAAACAUGAUGUAGAGGAUUAAAAUAGACUAGCAGCAUUAACAAUCUGUUUAUGUAGAAAAUGUAUCAUUUUUGCUAUUGCUCUUCUUUUCUUGCAUAUUUGUUGUAGAUGUUGGAGAAAAUACUGUAAAGUCUAAUUAGUAAUUAUUA